AUGGACUACUCUCCACGAUAUUAUCAGCCAUUUACUCUGCGCGAAGCAAUCGCUCUGGAUGUCUCCGUUAUAACCGAAGAGAUUUCGCGGCUUCAAAACUCUUUACGGAAACUGCGCGAGACGCAAUCUAUUCUUCAAGAAGAGCAACACGACCCAGAUAUCAAGAAGGCAUAUGAAGAGAACGAACAAGUGAUUGGUUCUCAGCAGGAGCGCAUUACGAUUCUGAAGAUGGCAUUAACAGAAAAAGGCCUAAUGACGGGUUUACACUACGAUUUACAACCCACUCAGCACAUACUCGAACCUCCUGUGACUACAGGAAGCUCGGAACAUGGCCAUGAAAAUAGGAUUACUAGUGAAGAGGGAGGUUUUAAAUUCAAGAAGCUGCAAAGCCAUCGAGCAUGA